AUGGCUGGUGUCGCAAAUGGAGCGUCCUCAACAGAGGCAGCAAAUCUUGAGCCUCAAGACCCUGGGUCAUACCCUCUGGCCGCACAAAUUCCCCUGAAGGGAUUUCAAUUGCCAGAGUUUCCUGCCCAUGCCUCCCGCCUGAGAGAACUCACAUUCACCGCCGAUAUCAAGCUGGAUGAAUACCAGGAUAUGGUCCAAACCCACAGCGACGCCAUCAUCACUCAACCGCCUCUACCAGAUCUGCCGAAAUCCAUCACCCACCUUACCUUCGAACUAUUCGGGCUCGGCUUCCCUGGCACGCCACCUUUUCUCACUAGACUCGCGCGGUCCUUGCCAAACAUCAGAAGCGUUACAUUCUUCAGUUGUUUGAUCGACGGUCUCGACGAUGCAUCCCGGAAGGAUGCAGAAAAGUUCUUCGAGUGUCUGCCGAACCUAAGGGAGUUACAUAUCAUCGACUCCUUCGCAAGGCCCGGAUUUUUCAAGGCUGCUGGUAGACUUCUUGAAGCACAUGCCAAGGGCGACGCUAGUGAGGGCCUAAAGCUUGUCGACGUCAGUUACACCUUCCGUGGACACGAGGACAGCGACUUCCUGGCAAGAGUUCAAGGCGAGGACUUGCCGAGUCUUAUUGUCAAAGGCCUGGUAGGUGCCAGCUUCGACUUCGUCCCGGAGCGGCAGGAUGAGUUGGCAGAAGCUCCUGAAGGAGAAGAUGGGAAGAAGGACAGUCAGAAAGUUAACGAAGGAAUUCUACCAUUUGCAAGCGACGGGCGAGCGCCCACGGCGGUGAGGAAGCGGUUCGAGGACAUGAGCCAUGGAGGACAGUUGAAGAGCUUGAAGAUCCUGAAUUUGGGCAUGUACACUCUUCGUCCCGUGGAGGUGGGCGAGGUAGUCUAUGCCUGUGCCGGAGGGGAGGAGGCAGCUGGACUGGUUGACAUCACUGUCAGCAUUCUCCUCGAAGAAGACUGGGCCGCUAAGUUGGCAGAAGGUCUACAGUAUAAGGGGGUGGCUGCGGUCUUGGAAGGCAUCGAAGUGAUUGGAGUCCCCGACAAGGCCCAGGAGGAAGGCGAGGAUUGGAAAGCUGGAUUGGCUGUUGCGAAUCUGACAGAUGUCGAGAAGAUUGCGGCUGGCUGUCCGAAGCUAGGGAAGUUUGGGAUGAGUAUUCUCAAGCUGUGGUCAAUGUGUCACUACUAUGGUUUCUCCCAACAGAACCAAGAGAGCAAGAGCAAGCACGACGAACACUGGACGUUCCACGUUGCCACUCUGACAAAAACUGCUGGCCUGUACGGAAGCACUACCCCUGUCGAGACGCGCGUGAAUUUCCAAAUCAACACCCUCACCAUCCUGCCCAGUCAAUAG